UCUCUCUCUCUCUUUUCAUUGCUCUCUCUCUCUCUUUUUUCUUCCCCUCCCCGUCCGUUCCCUCCUCCAUCCUCCCCCACCCGAGAGCAGCAGCAGCAGCAUCCUCAGCCUCAUCCUCCUCAGCCUCAUCCUCAGUAUCCUCAGCUUCAGCAUCCUCAGCAUCAGCACCUCGAGCUCUCUCCUCCAGGCUCCUCUCUCCGGUUAUCCUCCCCCCCACCCAGCAGCAGCAGCGGCGGCGGCGGCGCUCCCACCACGGCCACACGCGCAUCCGAGUGAUGCCACUGCAGCUCGCGCCCGCGACAGCAGCACGCGACACACACUAGAGCCGCCGCUUCCUUCUUCCUUCUGCGAGGAGGGGACCCCGCCAGCCAUCCCUGAGACCCCCACUGCCCAUGAAGAUGUCUAACGCUGACAUGGUCUUGAACGCCACCGACCGGGUAGUGAAAUCCGUACCCUUCCCUCUGAGCCACCGCCUCACCAUGAAGGAGGUGUUUGACUGCGAGGGCAAGCCACGGGUGGACCUGCUCAAAGCCCACCUAACCAAAGAGGGCCGAGUGGAGGAGGCAGUGGCCCUGCGCAUCGUCAACGAGGGCGCUGCCAUCUUACGCCAGGAGAAGACCAUGCUGGACAUCGAGGCACCUGUAACAGUGUGCGGGGACAUCCAUGGGCAGUUCUUUGACCUGAUGAAGCUGUUUGAGGUGGGAGGCUCUCCAGCCACAACGCGAUACCUCUUCCUGGGAGACUACGUGGACCGGGGCUAUUUCAGUAUCGAGUGUGUUUUGUACCUUUGGUCGCUGAAAAUCCUCUACCCAAAGACGCUAUUUUUACUGAGAGGAAAUCACGAAUGUAGACAUUUGACAGAAUAUUUCACCUUCAAACAAGAAUGUAAAAUCAAGUAUUCGGAGCAGGUGUACGACUCGUGUAUGGAAGCAUUCGACUGCCUUCCCUUGGCUGCACUCAUGAACCAGCAGUUCUUGUGUGUUCACGGUGGCCUGUCUCCAGAAAUACACACUUUAGACGACAUAAAGAAGUUGGAUCGGUUUAAGGAGCCCCCGGCAUUCGGGCCCAUGUGUGACCUCCUGUGGUCAGACCCCCUGGAGGACUUUGGCAAUGAGAAGAGUCAGGAGUACUUCAGCCACAACACAGUCAGAGGCUGCUCCUACUUCUACAGUUAUCCAGCUGUGUGCGAGUUCCUACAAAAUAAUAACUUGUUAUCAGUCAUCCGAGCACACGAAGCACAAGACGCAGGAUACCGGAUGUACAGGAAGAGUCAGACCACUGGCUUCCCCUCCUUAAUCACCAUCUUCUCCGCACCCAACUAUCUUGAUGUUUACAAUAAUAAAGCCGCUGUUCUGAAAUAUGAGAAUAAUGUAAUGAACAUCCGACAGUUCAACUGCUCCCCCCAUCCCUACUGGCUGCCAAACUUCAUGGACGUCUUCACCUGGUCUCUGCCCUUUGUGGGAGAGAAAGUCACAGAGAUGCUAGUGAAUGUGUUGAGCAUCUGCUCUGAUGACGAGCUGAUGAACGAUGGAGAUGAGAUCUUUGAUGCCAACGCAGCAGCUGCUCGGAAAGAGGUGAUUAGGAACAAGAUCCGUGCCAUUGGGAAGAUGGCCAAGAUGUUCUCUGUGCUCAGAGAGGAGAGUGAGAACGUCUUGACCCUGAAGGGUCUGACCCCAACUGGCAUGCUGCCCAGCGGAGUUCUGUCUGGGGGCAAACAGACUCUACAGAGUGCCACCAUCGAGGCCAUCGAAGCCAUCGAGACAGAAGAAAGUGACGGCGAAGCCAUCCGCGGCUUUUCUCCACAGCACAAGAUCAGCAGCUUCGAGGAGGCUAAAGGUCUGGACCGCAUCAACGAGCGCAUGCCUCCCCGUAAGGACGGGGUGAACCACGUAGGCCACUCCAUGGGCAAAAUGAACAUGUCCGAGGCCAACGGCACCGACGACAACAGCAACAUCCAGUGAUGCAGCGGCCACCUGCCGGCCCACACUCAAGCCUGUGCCACCGCUGCACUACAUGGCAGGAUCUCGCCAAACCCCUAAUUUAAGGCCUCCCAAUACCAACAGUCCCCCCUCCCCCCCGCAACAUAACACUGCAUAUGCAUCCACCUCUGCUCCAGUAUCCAAUUAGACAAGACUAAUUAUCCACGUUCAGAUCUGUCAUGGAAGUGGGAGGAUGGAGGUCUAUUUUUUGCUGCCAGUUUACUGUAUGUGGGUUUAUCGCUGUUAAACGUUAAAAAGUUAAACGUUCUGACACUUUUUCGAGUGUGUUGAGCAGGAUGGGAAAGGGGGUGGGAUUUUUUUGCCCAGGUUUUGUGGGGGGCCGGGAUCUGUGGGAGGGUUGUUACGGGGUGGUUUGGGGAUAUGUCAGCCAGGAAUGGCUGGAAGUGUCUUUAUCGGAAUGGGCCGCGGGGUCCCUUUGGGCCAGUCUGCCAAUUACUUUCUUUCUGACUCCACCCCAUACACCAAAGUGGGCGGGGUCUAGGGAUUAGAAAACUCUCUUAAGCCGGAUCCAUCGCAGCUCAUCGGUAGGGGUGGCCAGCCAGUACCAAUGCCACGCACACAUCUUAAUAUUUUGAUUAAGAGUUUUCUUCUGAGCCCAUCUCAUAAUAAAAAUUAUCUCACUGUUGAAACAUGUUUUGCUACUAGUAUUAAUGAAUACAAAAUUUGAAAUGACAAAAAAAAGAAUAAUGAAAUGUUUGUAUGAAAGGACAUUAAAAGAGAAAAAAUAUGUACAUUUUAUUACUUGCAAUGCAAUCUUACCUGAGUAUUUUUAUUUAUUGAUUUCAUUUUUUUUUUUAUCUUUUUGUUUCUUUUUUGUUGGUAAGUUGCCAUACAACUGGGUGGGUGGGUGUGUGGGUGGGUGUAGGGGUGCUUGCGCUUGUUGGCUGUGGACUUGUGAACCCCACCAUCUGUUGUGUGGACCAAGCAAAGCACUGAGGAUUUUGGGGCUGCAGUAGGAGCUUGGGGUCGACCCCUGGCGCCACCUACCUGAUUGUUUCUCACCUGCCUGUAACUUGAGAGAGAAUGCACAUAGUAUGUUUCGCAAGUCAAACAAAUCUAUAUAUAUAUAUAUAAAUAUAUAUAAAUAUAUGAUUAAUACCAACGAAGGACAAUAUUGAGGACAAUGAUUUUUAACAGCAUCUAUGGUACGGAACGCAUCAGUGCAUGCAAUUAAGUUCCUUAUUGAUAUGUGAAAUUAUAAUUGUGAUGUGUUUCAAUAUAGUAGAUUUGAAUUAUUUCCCUCUUCAGAUUAUAUUUGUAAAGUUUAACUUUAAGUUUUUUAUAUCUAUAUACAGUAUAUAUAUAUUUAUGAUUUUGUAAUCUUUACUUCUGUCUUUGAUUUCUUUUCUCUUUGAUUUUUGUUCGUUUUUUCUUAUCAACGUUCUUUUGUUAUGGUUGAUUUUAUUUUUGUAUUGUUUUGCUGUACAGGCACUGGCGCUCUUUUUGAGGUGUGAAGCCUUGUGUUUUUCCUUUUCAUUUCCUGUUCAGUUGGUGUACAGAAGUUGUUCAAUAGUGUGAAUGAACAUAUUACUCAGUGAAAAGCAACAUUCAGGCUGCCAAAGCAUGAUCGCAUGGUUUAUUCAAAUGUAAACAAAUUGGACACAAUGAAAAAUCCUGUGUCUCACUUUGAAAAGGAAAAAAUAUAUUCUCAUUAUAAUUCUUGAUGAUAUUCUUCUUAUUCUUACAAUUAAGCUUACGGUUCUUUUUUUUUUUUUUUCUGAUCCUUGUUUGGUCCAGACGUGGUUUAUUUCAGAGAAGGAGUUUAAUGGAUUUUAACUUGUGACUAUUUUUUCUUGUAAUUUUCUCUUGAACUAAGUUUUCGCAUUUGACUUCCUAAAUGAUAACACACAUUGUAAGCAUGCCCUAUGGGACAAAUCACUUUUUUUACUCUUGAAUAAAAUAUGCAUGAACUAUA